AUGGGAUUUAAUAAAAAGUCAAAAUAGGAUGGUCAUACUAACUAUGUCUAGUCAGUUUGUUUCUCUCCUGAUGGAAUACAUUAGCUUCUAGUAGUGAUGAUAACUCUAUCCUUCUUUGGGAUGUUACAACAGAAUAAUAAAAAGCAAAAUUGGAUGGUCAUAGUAGUGCUAUCAUGUCAGUCUGUUUCUUUCCUGAUGGAAACACAUUAGUAUCAUGUAGUAGAGAUAACUCUAUCCGUCUCUGGGAUUUCAAAACAGGAUAAUAAAAAGCCAAAUUAGAUAGUCAUACUAAUCGUGUCAACUCAGUCUGUUUCUCUCUUGAUGGAAAUACAUUAGCAUCUGGUAGUAAUGAUAAGUCUAUCCGUCUAUGGGAUGUUAAAGCAGGAUAGGAAAUUUAAUCCUCAGAUAAUAGAUAUAACGAUAUAUUGGAAAAUUGCAAGAUUUCAUUGUUAUAAAACAACCCAUUUACAGGUAUUUAUUAUUAAUAUUAUUUAGUUAUUACUAACAUUCCUAUUCUCUGUAUAUCCUAAACACCAAUCUUUAAAGCUAAAGGAGCUCUUGUACUUAAGGGAGAGUUUAUUAUUUAGUAAAGCUUUGACUUAAGAUUGUUAUUAAAAUCAAGAGGAUGUUGCAUUUUGGAAAGCAGUAUGCAAAAAUGUCAUAUUAUGA